AUGGAAAAACAGAAAAAUGUCACUGUAUUUUACUUCACGGGUCUUUUUGGAAAUAAGCAACUGGAGCUGCAGUUCCUUUUUUUGGUCUUGUUUUGUUACCUGGCAGUUAUCACGGGGAACUUUGUCAUUUUACUCACAAUCACUUGCAGCCAUCUCCUGGAACAACCAAUGUACUACUUUCUCUGCCACCUUUCCCUCAUGGACCUCUGCUUCACCUCCACUAUGCUUCCUCGACUGCUCAGGGACUUGGCUGCAACCAGAAGAGACAUUUCCUACAACAACUGCAUGACGCAGCUCUUCACUGGGCACUGGCUGGCAGGUGUGGAAAUAUUCAUCUUGGUGUCCAUGGCCUUUGACCGUUAUGUGGCCAUUGUCAAACCGCUGCAUUACACAGUGAUCAUGAACCGGAAGAGGUGUAACUUGCUGAUUGCCAUGGCCUGGGGUCUUGGAUUUUGGCAUUCUCUUGCCUUGUUGCUUAUGAUACUUAAUUUGCCUUUCUGUGGUCCUAAUGUAAUUGAUCACUAUAUGUGUGAUGUCAAGCCUCUUUUGAAACUUGUUUGUAAAGACAUUCAUAUUGCUAGUAUCUUAGCCAUCGCUAACUCUGGAACACUUAUUGUUGUGAUUUUUAUUUUGCUAUUAACUUCAUACAUACUCAUUUUAUAUAACCUCAGGACAAGAUCCUCUGCAGGGCGGCACAAAGCUCUCUCCACCUGUAGUUCUCACAUAACAGUUGUAGUUCUGUUCUUUGUGCCCUGCAUUUAUACCUACAGCCUCCCUGCAGAUAGAGAAAAUAAGGACAAACAAAUCUCUGUGUUCUAUACUAUGAUUGCCCCCAUGCUAAAUCCUCUCAUUUACACACUGAGAAACACAGAGAUGAAAAUUGCCAUGCAGAAGGUAUUGUAUAGAAUAGUAAACUCAGUUUUAAAGUAA